CGGGGGUGGUGCACAAUUUCAACACGGACGAGGCGUUCAGGGCUUUCGAUAAGCGAGCAUGGAUGGACCGUCUGGGUCUACAGGUGUGGAGGGAUAUCAUGGAGCCGGGGCGUGACGCGGCCGUGCUUAGGGAUCCAGGUCGCCUGGCACGCUUCGGUACCUUGUGCUUCGCGGACAUCAAACGGAAUGUUUUCAUCUACUGGUUCGCCUUUCCCGCGGUGGUCAGUGCCCCGCCCUUCCGGCACUUGAAGGCGCCCGCCCCUUUGGCAGAGGCUGGGCAAGGGGAAGGAAACCCGUUUUUUUCAGGGACCGAGUGCUCUCUUCUGUACCAGGGCUUGCUGGCGUACCGUCAACGUCGCUUCCAGGAGACGGGCGACGCGUCCUGUCCUCCCUUCUUCCUCAUCCUCCGUUCCACGACCCCCCC